AUCCCUCUAACAGAGGCUAAUCCUACACGCAGACUUCUCUUUUUCCCUGUAGCGCUCUCUGCCUCUCGCAGUCCAACGUAUUCUGUAGGACUUGGGGAAUGUACAGAGCCCUUCAGCUAGGAGUUUAUUACUGAUGUUCUUUAAAUACAAAAGGCAACCGAUCCACUGACUUCAGGAGAUGAGGCUCCCCCAAACCCUUCCACUCACCCUGCUGUUUCUGGGUUGCCUGGACGGUGCUCCUCCUGGCAAGAAGGGCAAAGAAAACAGUGAAAAAGCCAAGCCGUCCUCUCCCUGGGCACAGACUGGACAGUUCUCCACCCGAGACAAAGAGCUCUGCAGCUGGCAGCUGAUCCCGGGGGAAGAAGUCACCGAGAUCCACCUUAGCUGUCAGCAGCUGGGGGAGGACAGCGGCACGGGACAGCAGUGCGUCUACCGGGGCCAGCCGGAACUGUGUCCUGCUUAUAGCUCCAAAGGCCGACAGUUUUGGAAGCAGAUCCUGGGCAAGCUCCGCAGAAAGCACCACCCAUGCCAGGACAGCAGCCCGCUCAAAUCCCGGCUCUGUAGUGGCAAGAAAGGGGCAUCUGAGGCAGAGCUGCACCUGGUACCCCCAGCUCUGACCACAGCAGCCCCAGUGGCCGAGAGCAGUGCUAAAGGCAAAUCCAAGGGAAAGGCCCGUGCUAAGGACCUGCAAACACCACAGAAACCACCUCAGGCACCCAGGGCUAGGGGAGUCACUAGCUCAGCAAAGGCAGACGCCCCAGACAAGCGCAGCAAAGGGGGGAAGAAGAAAGUCACUCCCAGCUCCUCAGUGGCUCCAACCCACCCAUCCAGCAGCAAACUCCCAGCAGUCCUGGAAAGCACCGAACUGCCCACAGAGCUCAAUGCGGAAGUGGCAGCGGCCUACUGCGAAGAGAAGUGGCACUCACUGUGUAAUUUCUUUGUGAAUUUUUGGAAUGGCUGA